AUGAAGUUCCUCGCCGGUGUUUCCCUUCUUGCCUCCUUGGUCAGCGCUGCGUCUCUCGCAAGACGUGCCGAGCCUCUUGAUGUUCAGCUUCAGAUGGUCGGUAACACCGCUGUCAAGGCCACAAUCAAGAACACCGGAUCCGACAGCCUGAAGGUGUUCAAGACUGGCAGCUUCCUGGACAGUUCCCCUGUUGAAAAGGUUCAGGUCUUCAAGGGAGAGACCCAAGUUGCCUUCGCUGGCAUCCGUCUCCGUGUGAGCACCCAGAACCUUGACGAAGACGCCUUCCACAUCAUCGAGGCUGGUGAGACCAUUGAAGCCCUCUUCAACAUUGGUGAGCUGCAUGACCUGAGCGAGGGUGGCGAGUACAACGUCGUUGCCAGCGGUGCAGUAUCUUAUGCUGCACUCGACUCCACCAUCAUCGAGGGCGUCGUACCGUACACUAGCAACUCCAUCUCCGCCAAGGUCGAUGGCGCCGAGGCUGCUGAGGUGCAGAGGCGCUUUGUUGAAAAGCGAACUACGGUUCAAUCCGACUGCACUGGCAGCAAAAGGACCGCUCAGAUUACUGCUCUGAACAACUGCGUCUCUCUUGCUCGAGCGGCUGCUUCCGCUGCCACAUCCAACACGGCCAAGGUCACCGAAUACUUCAAGUCUACUUCUGCCUCCAGCACCCUUGUCACUGUCUUCAACCGGGUUGCCUCCGAGUGCGGCACUAGUGGUGGCGUGUCUAAGCAAUACUGCACAGAUGUGUACGGCGCAUGCAGCAGCAAUGUCUUGGCAUACACCUUGCCCUCAGGCUCAUACAUGGUCUCGUGCCCCUUGUACUUCAGUGCUCUUCCCGCUUUGACCAAAUCGUGCCAUGCUCAGGACCAGGCCACUACUACCCUCCACGAGGUGACUCACUUGUCUCAGAUCAAGGGCACCCAGGACCUGGGCUACGGCUACAGUGCCGCUACCAGACUCUCUGCGUCCCAAGCUCUGAACAAUGCUGACAGCUACGCUCUGUUCGCCAACGCCAUCUACGCUGGCUGCUAA